AUGCCAGAUCUACAGGAAUUGGAAAAUCUUCCUUCGCCUCGAAUACUGACUUCCCAUGUCCCAGUUAAAUAUAUUCCAAAGGAAAACAACGGGAAAAUUAUCCACUGCAUUCGUAACCCGAAGGACAUUGCAGUGUCUGCUUUUUAUCAUAUCAUAGCCGACCCAGUAACUAAAGACUACUGGCUUCCAGAUUGGCCAAAUUUCUUUGAUGAUUUCUUAGGUGGGGAGAGUUAUUAUGGAAGUUGGUUUGAACGAGAGAAAGAGUGGGAAGAGGCAGCACGACAAAAUCCCGAAAAGAUUUUGAUUGUUUAUUAUGAAGAUCUUAAGAAAGUAUGUUCUACAAGUGACAUUCUGUAUUUAUUUCCCUAA